UAUCCUGUGUGAGAUAGAAAAACAAACAAACAAAUACCUCUAUCUGGUUUCAAGUUAUUUUACGAGUCCAAUUUUCUAGGUUUUUUUUUGUUUUGUUUAUAGCACUCUUCUCAGAUCUCUUUCUUUCCAGUUGGGUUCUCUCUGGUUUUUUCUUUAUAUUCUUCUUUACAAAUCUACUCUGAUGGCUACUCUACUGGAAUCAAUCACAAUUCCUAGAUCUUUUGGAUUUUCAACAACCGUGUCUGGUCCAACGAUGGCCUCAUCGAUUCGUGCUCUUUCAGGAAGCAGAAAUGUGAGUUCUUUUGCGGGAUUUAAUGGGUUGAAGAUUCAACCUUCUAAGCAUACUUUAGCAUCGGUUGGAUUGAAAAAUGCUACUGUUAUUCGUCGAAAAGGAAUUGUUUGUGAAGCUCAGGAUACUCUUGAAGUAGCUGCAGUUACUGAAGCAGCAUGGCAGUCUCAGGUCCUUGACUGUGAUCUCCCUGUAUUGGUUGAGUUCUGGGCACCUUGGUGUGGGCCAUGCCGAAUGAUCCAUCCUGUAAUAGGCGAGCUUUCAAAAGAGUAUUCAGGUAAACUUAAAUGUUACAAAGUGAACACUGAUGAGUGUGCUGCAGUUGCUACCCAAUAUGGAAUUCGAAGCAUACCAACUGUCAUAAUCUUUAAGAAUGGAGAGAAGAAAGAUACGAUUAUUGGUGCUGUACCCAAGACUACACUAACAGCCAGCAUCGAGAAGUUCUUGUAGGAGCAUUAUAUAGGCAUUUGUUAUGUUUAUGGUCCCGCGACAUUUGUUAAGGUUUCUUAGCAUCAUCAUCAGUAAAGCAGGCCUAAUAGAUCUAUAUGAAGAUUGUGUAUAGUUAAUGAGGUUGUGAUUUGUCGAUUUCUUUUGUAUCAAGGCAUCUCUGUCCCUUGAAUUGAUAUACAUUGAGCAUCUCUUAUUAUAACGUUAGUGGGACUGUGAAAGAACAAUUGCAAUUCUAGCAAAUAGGGUGUCAAUGGAACCAUGCUUGAUGCUUUUCUCUGCAUCUGAAUCAUUCCAUGGAAGUUAUGCA